AUGGAAAGUUCAGUAGAAUCAUCAUCUGUUGACAUUCCCCCGUUGUCAUCACGUCAUCAUCAACCUCCUCCAUCACUCCCUCACCAUGUUUCAGCUUCUCCCUUCUUGACACAGCAACCAAACCAACCAAAUAAUGGCCCAGAAACUUCACCUAUUUUUAAUUUAAAAAAGAUUUUCGAUGGUUUUCUACCUUUCAUAAUUCUUGCUCUGGUCAAAGUUGGAUAUGAUCACAGACUUGGAAUCCUUAUAUUCUUUGCAAUGUUUGGUACAUUUAUUUACUGCAAUGCAAAAGUUCAAGAAGUUGCUUCACCAAGGCACAUUGUAUCAGUGGGCCUCAUAUUGUUCUUCAACAUUUUUCUACUCUACUUAACAUUUGCUGAUCAACACCUCUACAAAAGUUUGUAUUUCUUCCUUCCAUCCUUUCCAGCCGUUGAUCUGUGGACGUUGUUGUGGAUUGUUGGCAUGAAUGAUUUCAUCAUCAAGUUUGCCACCAUUGCCAUCAAGUUGGUCAUUGUCUGCCUACCAAACAGGACCAUCUGCUGCAGGAAGAAGGGCCAGUGUUACCAGUUGAUCGAGAUGGCCAGCCAAUCAUAUCGCUGCCUCAUCCCAAUCACACCAUGGUUCUAUUUUCUCUUCAGCAACUCUGAGAAUGAGGGCUACAUACUUUCAACUUGUCUGCUCAUUGUUUACACCAUCUGCAAGUCGUUUGAUGUGUAUGCAAAGGCCAAAGAUUUGAUAAAAAGUAUCAGCAUUUUCUCCAAUUUCCAGAUUUAUGGUUCGACGCCGUCGGCACAGCAGCUGGCAGUGUACAACAACAUGUGUGCCGUUUGUCAUGAUGCUUUUGUCUCUCCUGUCCAGUUGCCUUGCGGUCAUAUAUACUGUGAUGAGUGCAUAACUUCGUGGCUGGAUAGGGAGCGUACAUGUCCCAUGUGCCGGUCCAAGAUGCAGGACGGUCCCAAGUGGAGGGAUGCUUCCACUUCCGGCAACCUACAGCUCUUUUAA